AUGGUCGACUGCCCCAUCUGCUCCCAUGCCGUCCACGACGCCCGCAUCAACCAGCACAUCGACAGCGGCUGCAAGGACUUCGUCAUUGACCCGGCCUCGUCCGCCCACGGCCCGUCCAAGCCUCACAACUUCUUCACCCACGCCAUCCGCUCCACACCCACGCCCGCCGCCACGCCCGCAACCACAAGCACAGCAUGCUCAGCCUCAGCAUCACCCCCGCUGCCCACCAAGCGCUCCUUCACACAGUCGGCCGACAGGCUGCACCCCGAUGGCGACGCCCAGUCCCCCUCGUCGGCCCCCAAGCGCGCCCGCAAGCUCAAGGCGCUCGAGGAUGCCAUGCCGCUGGCUGAGCGCAUGCGCCCCACCUCGCUCGAUCAUGUCUACGGCCAGCAGCUCGUCGCCCCAGGAGGCGUGCUGCGUGCCAUGGUAGACCAAGGCCGUCUGCCCUCCAUGGUCCUCUGGGGCCGUCCCGGCACAGGCAAGACGACCAUCGCACGCCUCAUCGCAACCUCGUCGGGCGCCCGCUUCGUCGAGAUCAACAGCACAAGCACCAAGCUCGAACAGGUCCGCUCCAUCUUUGCCGAAGCCUUCACCGACCUGCAGCUGACGGGCCGCAAGACCAUUGUCUUCUGCGACGAGCUGCACCGCUUCUCCCGCACCCAGCAGGACGCCUUCCUCGGCCCUGUCGAGUCCGGCACCAUUACCCUCAUCGCCGCCACCACCGAGAACCCGUCGUUCAAAAUCAUCUCCGCCCUGCUGUCCAGAUGCCGCACUUUUACCCUUGACGACCUCGCAGACGACCAUCUGCUCCGCAUCCUCGAGCGUGCAAUGGCGGCAGAGCAAUGCACCUCGCCCUUGCUUGACACGCCCAUGCUGCAAUCCUUUGCUAGCUUCGCAGAUGGCGACGCCCGAACCGCCCUUAAUCUCCUCGACCUCGCCAUGAACCUUGCCAAGCAGCCCGGCAUGACAAAGGAAAAGAUCCAGCAGAGCCUCACAAAGACGCUCGUAUACGACCGCGCUGGCGACCAGCACUACGACAGCAUAUCUGCCCUCCACAAGUCCAUUCGGGGCUCCGAUGCCGACGCCGCACUCUACUACCUGGCCCGCAUGCUCGAGUCUGGCGAAGACCCGCGCUACAUUGCUCGCCGCCUCAUCGUCGUUGCCUCGGAAGACGUAGGUUUGGCGGACAACACUAUGCUGUCCCUCGCGACCGCCACAUACUCUGCCUGUGAGAAGAUUGGCAUGCCAGAGUGCCGAAUCAACCUCGCCCAUACCGUGACUGCCUUGUCGCUUGCUCCAAAGUCAACGCGUGUCUAUCGUGCCAUGAACAACGCAAUGGAUGCGCUCAAGGAACCCGGCGUCGCUGCACUGCCCAUACCUCAUCAUCUCCGCAAUGCGCCAACCCGGUUGAUGAAGGACCUGGGAUACGGCGAGGGCUACAAGUACAACCCACACUAUCUUGACGGCAAGGUAAAACAAGACUAUCUGCCCGAACCCCUCAGAGGGCGCUCCUUCUUGGAAGAUGCCGACCUAGGAACAAAGGUUGACCCGGAUCUGAUUGAUGACGAUGAGUUGAUUCCGGAAAUAGAUUAA